GUUUAUUUGUAGAUAAGUGUAAGCAAAAAGAAAGGAGAUGGAGAUGUGCUAAUGGAUCUUAUGAGAACAGAAGGAACUUCAAAAGUCAGGGAGGCUCUCAGAGAUUAUCUGAAAGUUCUUAAAACAGAGUUUACUCUGGGAAUGAUCCUACCAACCAAAACUUCAGCUGGUCCGGAACUGGCGGUUAAAAAAAAAUUGAGUGAGAAUAAUGUGCAGGAUUCUGUUAUACCAAUUUCUUUGGAUACAGUUGGUGUAAAGAUUCCAACAGUAAAGAUACUUCUGAAAGAGAUGUUUGACUCUCCGGUAGAGGAGCUUUAUAGCAUCUUCAUAACUAAGGAGUUGGUGCAAAAAUUUUCUAAAAGUCGUGCUGUGAUCGAAGCCAAAAGAGGAGGAAAACUUCAAAUGUUUGAUGGUUGUAUUACUGGUGAAUAUAUAGAAUUGUUACCCAGCCAAAGGAUUGUCAUGAAAUGGAGAUGCAGGAACUGGCCUCAUGAAUAUUAUGCAACAGUUGCUUUGAAUUUCAAGGAUCAGGCAACUCAAACUGAAUUACAGUUAGAGUGCAAAGGUGUCCCUGUCUGUAAUGAAGACAGUACAAGACAGUGUUGGCAGAAGCAGCAUUUUGAAGAAAUACGUGUUUUACUGCAGCAGACCAAAGUAAAUGCUGAAUGAUGAUAGCACUGUAGUUAGUUUUAUUAGUGCAUUACUUUUAUAUAUAAAUAAGUUUGACUCCCUCUUUUGUCCCCCCCCCCUCUUUUUUUAAGAAAAUUAAUUUAUUUAUGGGGGAUGAAUAAACAUCCACUUCUGUGAUACUGUAUAUAAUUUAAGUGCUAUUUAUGGAUCUUCAGUGAAUGUAAUGGCCUCUUCCGUAAGUGAGAUUAUGUAUUUAGACACCUUCAGUUUGAGAACUGAUCACUGUUUUAUUAUCUAUAACUUAAAUUUGGAAACUGUUAGUGUGACUCAGCUGCUAUAGACUUCAUGGUAUUACAUCAUACUGAGAAGCUCAUUUAGUAGAGACGAGCUACUAAGUAGGCCUCGUCCAGGUCUAAGUUAGAGCAAAGAAGUGACAUAUGCACUGUUUAGUAAGAAUCCAUUCGUGGUGGGUAGAAUGUCUGUGUUUAAAUGCACUGCUGAUAAAAAGGUGAAUUGAAAGUCUUAAAAAAAAACAAACCCAUAGUUUGAUUCUGUAAGAUCAAAUGAUGAGUGAGUUAUACAGCCACUUAAAGUAAAGCACUUAAUCUCAAACCACAGAAAAACAAGAUGCAGGCUUCUUAUAUUUUCAAACAGCACAGCUACACAUUUGAAAGACUCAGUCACCUAAGGCAAAGAUUUAGGUCCGGAGGAUUAACAAAAUUAGAACAACCCUUGUUGACUGGGAGAUGCCAUUAUUUUGGUCUGUUUUUCUAAACUCCUCUCUUCAUCUUCUCUCUGUUAAUGGUACCUGUGAUGGGAGUUGCUGCUCUGGCAGAGAUGCCAGGAAGGCUGUAAGAGAAGUAAUUUAAUUUUGUAUUUCAACAAUUUCCAUAUUUAUUUAAAGAGCCAUUUUCACUUGGACUGUUUUCUUCUCUUGGAAUUCUGAAAAUACGUUUUUAACUUAGACCCUUUCAGUUCACCUUAAUGAACGAUUCCACCCAUGGGAAUGUAAUGAAAGCAAAGCAAAUAAAACCCCAACUAUUUGACACCAAUGCACCAUAAGGGUUAACCAUGAUGGGUUAAUAUUGACGAUAUAACAAUUUAGCAAGAAUGGGGCAGAAUUCUUAAACGCAUUGAGUAAUUUUGUAAGCAAUUGGAAUAAAAAAUAACUUACCUGUGCAAUACUGAACUUAAGGCAAAAUUGACUAAGAAAAAUCAUGACAGAGAUGACUCAGACUGCAUUUUAAUCAAAUGCACAGAAUAGCAAUCAGUCAUGUUAAUAAAUAAAAUUUUUACAGUGA